AAGACACCCCCAAUUUUAUAAACUUAGGGUUCUUUGUACUCUUCUUUCUUCGAGUUCGAGGUAAGGGCACAAUGCAUCGGCCCCAAUUUUGGCUCCAACGUGCUGCUACUAGCUACAGUAUGAUCGGAUUCUGUUGGUACGAAAUGGGUAAGUACCACUUUUCUGCAUUUUGAUUCACAUUGAUGAUUUGGUGUUCAAUUCUCUUUGCAUCGUAGUAGAAAUUGAAAUUCCAGCUUUACAUUGCAAACCCCUACCACAGAAAUUAGUUCACGAGUCGCAAGCUUAAGUUAAUGGCUUCUGCAAGUCGUCGAGGUGAAGGAAUUUGUGGUCGGCGUGAAAGUGAGAGUAUGAUAGAUGUAUUUAGUAAGCUUCCAGACCAGAUUUCCCAUCACAUUCUUUGCCUACUUGCUGUAACCGACCUCGCUCGUUUCGGUUGUGUGUCCAAAAGAUGCAGAGAACUUUGCCUGUCAUCUCCCAAGUUGAAUUUGGAUGAAUUUUCCUCGGUGAAUACGUCCACUUGUUAUAAGCGGCUCGAGUUGUUUACCUAUUUGGAUAGGUUCUUAUUCCGCCGUGGCGAUAAUAAGAUACAAAGCUUUCGCCUUUGUUGGUAUAGGCAUGAUGUAUGUGAGGGUGAAGAUGAAGAAGCACAAUGCGUCUGUGAUUGUUGUGCGAGUUUCAGACUGUUUACGUGGAUUGAAAAUGCAGUAAGGUGUAAUGUUGAAGUGCUUGAUGUGGCGAUGAAUUAUCAGGACGAGGAGGAACGGUUUCUGUUUCCUGCUAGUGUCUUUUGUGUGGAACUUUGAGGCAUCUAAGACUGCACCUGAACUGUACAGUUCUUAAGAAUCCGUCGUUCGCUUUUCAAUCUAAUCUCAAGAUCUUGGAGUUGAAAAAUGUUGAUAUAGAUGAUGGUGGUGGAUUUUUCAAAUGGAUCUCGUGUUGCUGUAAAUUCAUUGAGGAAUUAAGCCUUGAACACGUUUGUGUGACACAAGAAAUUUCUGUUGAAAGCUCGUCUCUGAAAAUACUAAACUGUUCUGGUUUCUUUCUGAUUGAUAAAUGUCAUAUUAACAUCUCAUGUGAGAAGCUUGAGUACAUACGUAUUUGCUGGGUAUUUGACUCACCGAGAAACAAAUCCUUAAAUAUGUUUGCCCCAAAUCUGAAGUCUUUCAAAUGGUUCGGGAGUUUGAUGAAUCACUCAAAUUUGGGAAAAUUAGAACGCUUAGAAGUAGCUUCUUUUUUCUUGGAGCCAACACUGGAUAUCUUGGACAAUAUAGUCGAGGUUCUUCACAGUUUAUGCAGGGCUAAACUUUUUAUGCUAAAUGAAGCGACCAUUAAGGCUCUUCCGUUGAAGGAAUUAUCAUCUAGGCCAGCUCCACUAUGUGAUACUAGUUCUUUGUGUAUCGAAAUUGGAAGCUUUAUUGAUGAGCUGAUCCCAGCAAUGGUCUCUCUCUUCAGAGCAAUGCCUAAGCUUUGUACUUUAUGCAUAAUGUUGAAUCCGCCUUCUGGUGCCCCUACCUCUAAUGCAUCGGGGAUUAGCAUGGAAUACUGGAAGUUGCAAAACCUCGCGUUUGUUUAUCAGCUCAAGCACGUUGCUAUAGAGCUUUGCCACGGGUCUAAUGGAAUGGAGUUAGCAAGGUACAUUAUCGAGUAUGCUCAGAAUUUGCAAAAGAUGGUAAUAGUUUAUUCUUCCCAGGACUUGGAAAAAAUUACAAGGGAGUUAGAGAAAAGCAAGAUGAUUCCCAAUGCGACAAUUGACUUCCAGGAAAAAUCGAUCAAGAGGUAGAAGAAAGCUGUUUCGAUAAUUUUCAGAAUUUAUUUUUGUUGCAAUGUCGAAACCUUAGUAGUCAGGGCCGGACCUGUGUACAGACAUUAGGCUAUAGCCGAGACUAGAAUUUUGUUUUCAAAAUUAGCAAGGAAAGCUUUCUUUCAAAAUUAUUGUGGUUUGUCUUCUGAAGGCCUUUUGGAACUGCUCAUGUAUGAGCUUCUCUCUUUGGCUUCUGCAUUUGCGUUUUAGUCUGUGAAAGUUGUAAAACACGGAAUCACGCAAUGCACGUAAACAUGCCUAGUUUUCAUUUCA